AUGCUCGAGCUGCGUGCGCUGGGCCGCUCGGCGGAGAACACCGACAACGACGACGGCACCUCCACCCCGACGUUCCAGGACGCGCACGCCGACCACAUCGAGUUCCAGCUGCCGCCCGUCGACCGGGGGAAGGACGCCUGGCUGUUCCUCGCUGCGUGCUUCGCCAUCGAGGCGUUGGUGUGGGGAUUCGGCUUUACGUUUGGUGUGUUCCAGGACUACUAUAGUUCGCAUGAGCCGUUUGCUGGGUCGGCGAAUAUUGCCGUCGUGGGAACAUGUGCGAUGGGUAUAAUGUACCUGGACCUGCCCAUCGUCUUCCCGGCCCUGCAGGCGUUCCCUCGCUUCAAGCGAUGGGCCAGCAGCGUCGGCCUUGUCAUCAUGUGUCUGGGACUGGCGCUGAGCACUUUCUCGACCACUGUCGCGCACCUGAUCAUCACUCAAGGCAUCGCCUACGCCGUGGGUGGCAGCCUGGUCUACGCCCCUACCAUCCUAUACAUGGAGGAAUGGUUCGUAACCCGCAAAGGCUUCGCCUUUGGCAUAAUGUGGGCCGGGACGGGCAUCUCGGGCGUCAUCCUCCCCUUCCUCCUGCAAUGGCUCCUCGACACAUACGGCUGGCAAACGACCCUCCGGAUCUGGAGCAUCUCGGUGUUCAUCCUCAUCGCGCCGCUGCUGUACUACGUGAAGCCGCGGCUCCCGCUCAGCCAAGCACCGCGCACGCGGCGCUUCGACGUGACGUUCCUGUGGAGCGCGCCGUUCCCGCUGCUGCAAGCGGGCAACAUCCUCGAGGCCCUCGGCUUCUUCCUGCCAAGCAUCUACCUGCCGACAUACGCGCGCAGCGUACUGCACGCCAACGCGGUCCUCUCCACCCUCACAAUCGUGCUGUUCAACCUCUCCAGCGUGCUCGGCUGCAUCGCCAUGGGCGCCAUGAUCGACCGCCUCGACGUCGUCACCUGCAUCCUCAUCUCGACGCUCGGCAGCACCGUCGGCGUCUUCCUGCUCUGGGGCGGCGCCCUCAAUCUCCCCCUCCUGUACGUCUUCUGCAUCGUGUACGGCCUCUUUGCCGGCAGCUUCACCUCCACCUGGCCAGGCGUUAUGCGCGACGUCGUUGUCCGCAAGAACGGCAGCGUCGACCCUUGCUUGGUGUUUGCCUGCUUGGCCGCUGGUCGUGGCAUCGGUAAUGUCUCGUCCGGCCCGCUGAGCGAGGCCCUGGUCCAGGCGGGUAAGUGGAGUGCUGGUUGGGCGUUUGGUACCGGCUUUGGCUCGUUGAUUGUCUUUACUGGGGUUAGUGCUGCGUUGGGUGGGUUGAGCGUGUUGGGGAGGUGCGCGAAGAGGGGGUUGUAG